AUAUAUUCACAUUCAAAAAUAAUUUUUCUUCUUUCAAUUUAUACAUAUAUACUUUUUCUAUACUUACUUUAAUCUUAUUUAACCUUUGUUUUUCAGAAUACAACAAAUACGAUCCACUCAAAGCCGAAAUUCACAGCAUUCAUGAGCAACAGAACACCAUAUUGAUAUUGUUGAUCGUCUUGCUUGCACUCAUUGCUAUAAGGUACAUAUACAAAUGUGUACGUUGGUUCCGACGUAAUCGCAUCUUCACAUCAAUGCUAAAGAAGCUGCACAAGCAGCAUGAAGCCGCCGGCGGUGGCACAAAUGGCAAGGAUAUGGUAGUGGGAGCGACAAUAUCCAAUGUGAUGGCCAUAAAUGGUGAUAUGGAGCGAGCGCCAUCGCAGAUAUUUAGUGUAACGGGCGCUGAAGGAUCGGUAAUGACAAUGACAACACCAGUCAGCACACGCUAUCCGGCGGAGAAUAGCACUACACCAACAACUGUGGUGACAGAGUAUUCGUAUGAUAAUCAAGCGCUUGCAGUGACGCCUGUUUCGGAGAAACCAAAUGGUGGUGUGCACGCCUUUUGAACGAA